UAUAGUACACUUCAGAAAUUGGAAAUUGAUUGCUUAACUCUAGUCUUACAAAUUGAGUUACAUUCUCCACUUGGGUGAAAUUGACACUGCAUUCUUUACGUUGAUCACCACGAUCAAAUAAGUAAAUGAUAUAUGUAUUUGAAUGUGCAGAUAUUUCUUUAUCAGAAGGCUGUGGAAGUACUUUAAAACUUGAUGUGUGUGGAUAUGUUUUAUAAAAAAUGCAUCUCAUGAUUAUACUUGUUGAAAAGUGUGGGUACAUGUCGUCUGCAUAGCUUUUGGAGAUAAUUUUCUUUUUGUACAAAAACUGAAAAUCUUCGGAGUGCUUGAUAAGUGAUGUUUAACAAUAAGUUAACUGUCAACGUUUUUCGAUGAAAAAUGUCAUUCAUGUGAUCUUACAGCUGGCUGAACACGUGGAGAAAACUCACUUUUACUUACGUUUUACAGGUGAAAAAUGACAUAUACGUUUUAAACUGAAUAUGUGACUGUAGGUGACACAUAGGUGUUACUGGAUCGUCAAACAGUGAAAGAAUUUUCCCUGAGGGAUGUUAUCUGUCUUGGUGUAGUUUUGAAUUAAAUUAGUGGGAAAUAGCUGUGGUUUAAAUAAGGAUUGAUGUGGAUCUAGGAUAAUUAUGUUGUCGCAAGAUAAGUCGUUACACAUGGGAGAAGGAUAAUGUGUCUAUAACUGGCUAGAAAUUCUCACGAUUCUACUGAUAAUUAUCAAAAGUUUGAUCACCAUUUUAAAUGUUUUGUUUUUGUAUCUGGUGACAUUUUUGAUGAAAGAGGUCAUAUGACUUUCUCCGAUUGUGUUUGGCUUAAUAUAUAUGCGUAUAUACAUGGAUUGUAGACCAAUUAACAGCAUUUGUGGAUAUUCAUUCUGAAUUGGAUUAAAUUAUUCAUGACUAUGUAGCAGAUGUUGGUAGUUGGUACCCUAAUUCAUUCACAGUGUGAUGUGGAGAUAAUAGUGUUGUGUUAUUAACAAUCUUCUGUGUUUUAGAAAGGAUUGGCUUUCAGUUUGACAAGUCGUUAGAUACGACUGUUUCACGAUGAUGUAUAUAUCAUGUAUAUCGUGAUAGGUCUUUAUUCAUCGGACCUAUUUCUGUCUAUUGCUUUAUACAUAUUCUAUAAUUAGAAACAGACUGCCUCCAUUUGUGUUGAUAUGCUGCAAUUCUAUUCUGAAAGUGUCAGGGUAACAGAAAUUCUUCAUUUCCAACCUUUGUACACUUUGGAAUUUGUCUGAUGUACUUUUCGUUCUCAAAAUUGUUGUAUAUAAAAAGAAUCGCAAAAAGAUAAUAAUAUUCUGGAUUCGGCAGACAUUUCAACAGAGAACAAUCAGCUGACUGGGGUCAAGGAGUUCAACUGAGGCAGCGUCUAGAGAUGUACUUUUAGAAUACCACAGGCAACAUUCCAUGUUAGUGAAAAAACAAUAAUAAAGUAAAGCAAUAAAAGUAUACUUACCUCAUAGAUGAAAAGUGGUUGAGUAAUGUUUUGUGAAUCUUGUGACAACAAAAUGUAAACAAGUAUUUUUGGGAAAAUGAGAAAAGCUAGAUCUGAAUCACCAUAUGGAUAAAUUGCGUAAUAUUCUUAGUGUUUGUCUGGAGAUAUAAAAAAACAACACAUCUUCAAAUUUAUUAGGUUUCGGGAGGCAACAUAGAUGUCUGGUGUGAGGCAUCUUUGUUUAAAGAAGACAGGAAGUAACUCAAUUGUUAAAUUUCAUGAAUCAUACAGGAAACUUGAAUUUUUUCUGUUUUGUUUAAAUUUCAGUAUGUUAUCAUAAAGUGCAUCCCCCUUUUUGUGCAGAGGAAAUUACCUUGUGGUUUCUUGAGACGGAAAAGAUUAUUGCAUUUAAAGGAAAUUUAAUAGCAUAACAGUUGAUUUUUCAGUGAAAUAACUGGAUUAGAUCUAGCCAAUUUGAACUUGAAAGUGAAACAAUUGUGUUUUGGAUUUAAAUCCCCGGAAUUCAUUUUGAACAUAGUUUUGCCACAAAGGUCAAGGUCACUGUAUUACUUUAAGUGUAGAAGUUAAUGCAGCCCACCAAUGGUGAGUGGUGGGCAGUUGCCUAGCAACGAGAUGGUUGAUAUGGAUACCUCUGGUACAGGUGGUGUCAAAGACCCUCUCCCAAUCACUGAUCGGACUUUGUGGCUCAAACAUGAACAAGAGGCUUAUAAGCAGACCAUGAAGCUGAAACGCCAGCUGUCGAAAGGUCGCCAUGUUCCGAUGGUUUACGGGCGACUGAGUGACGCGGAUCAGUUUGUCAUAAUGGCGGACACGCUGCAACAGCAGCAGCAAGAAAUGGCGGCCAUGCAAAACCGAAUACCGACAACGUUCCGCGAUGCUACUGCCGCACCCCUACGCAAACUCAGUGUGGACCUCAUUAAAACCUACAAGCAUAUAAAUGAGGUUUACUAUGCAAAGAAGAAGCGGCGAGCAGCUCCUGGUGCUCAGGGAGAUGAAAGUGGGCACAAGAAGGGCAAGGUCAAUGUUCAUGCUUACAAUGACGGUUACGAUGAUGCCAAUCAUGAUUAUAUUGUCAAUCCCGGAGAAAAAUGGAUGGAUCGUUAUGAGAUAGACUCUUUAAUUGGCAAAGGUUCUUUUGGUCAGGUUGUGAAAGCAUACGACCACACAGACCAGGAACCAGUUGCCAUUAAAAUCAUCAAAAAUAAGAAGCCAUUCCUGAACCAAGCUCAGAUUGAAGUGAAAUUGUUGGAACUCAUGAAUAAACAUGAUGCUGAAAACAAAUAUUAUAUAGUGAAAUUGAAAAGACAUUUCAUGUUCAGAAAUCAUCUAUGCUUAGUGUUUGAAUUGUUGUCAUACAACCUUUAUGACUUAUUACGGAAUACAAACUUCAGAGGUGUUUCAUUAAACUUGACUCGAAAGUUUGCGCAGCAAUUGUGUACUGCGUUGUUGUUUCUGGCGACGCCAGAGUUAAACAUUAUCCACUGUGAUCUAAAACCAGAAAAUAUACUUUUGUGCAACCCUAAACGAAGUGCAAUCAAGAUUGUUGACUUUGGAAGUUCGUGUCAAUUAGGGCAACGUAUAUACCAGUAUAUCCAGAGUAGGUUUUACAGAUCUCCGGAGGUAUUGCUGGGAAUCCCAUACGAUCUAGCCAUAGAUAUGUGGAGUCUCGGAUGCAUACUUGUGGAGAUGCAUACUGGGGAACCGCUUUUCGCAGGCUCUAACGAGUUUGACCAGAUGAUGAAGAUUGUUGAGGUGCUAGGGAUGCCCCCCAAACACAUCCUGGAUCAGGCCCCUAAGGCCCGCAAGUACUUUGAUCAACUCCCAGAUGGUAGCUACAUUUGUAAAAAACCUAAGGAUGGUAAAAAGUAUAAGCAUGCAGGAACGCGGAAACUGCACGAUGUGAUAGGUGCGGAAACUGGCGGUCCCGGUGGAAGACGGGCGGGAGAACCAGGACAUACUGUAGCAGAUUAUCUGAAAUUUAAAGACUUGAUAUUGCGAAUGUUAGAUUAUGAUCCAAAGACACGAAUAACACCAUAUUAUGCGUUACAACAUAAUUUCUUCAAAAAGACGACAGAUGAAAGUACAAAUACAUCAAAUAGUACAUCAACUAGUCCGGCGAUGGAACAACAUAAUGUGGGAAGCCCUACAGUUGGAAACUCCCGGUAG